UGGGGCCGGACACACGGACACACCGGCAUGGCGGGCAGCUGGGCCGCGGCGCUGGGGCUCUGCGUCGCCUUGCUGCGCCUGGCGGCCCCGCGGGACGAUUUCCGCCUGCAGCCCGGCGACUUGGUGGCGACGGCGGGGCAAGCGCUGGAGCUGCCCUGCGUGCCGCCCUGGGGCCGGCCCGAGCCCCGCGUCACCUGGAGGAAGGACGGCGUCGCCCUCGACUUGGCGUCGGGGCGCUACCAGGUGGCCCGCGGGAAGCUGCGGGUGGCCCAGGCGCGCAGGAGCGACUCGGGCGCCUACGUCUGCGUGGCCACGGACGCGGCGGGCGAGCGGCAGAGCCGCCCGGCGCUCGUCUCCGUCCUGGAGAAGCCGGCCAUCGUGCGGCCCCCCCGCGACACGGCGGCGGGCGCCGGCGGCACCGUGGAGCUGCCCUGCGGCGUCCGGGGCGACCCGCUGCCCUGGGUGCAGUGGCACAAGGAGCGCGGGGACCUGCCCCGGGGCAGGCACGAGGUGGACCGGGAGCACACGCUGCGCCUCUACGGCGUGUCGCCCGCCGACUCGGGCACCUACGUCUGCACGGCCCAGAGCCAGCUGGGCACCGCGGCCGCCGCGGCCGUCCUCCACGUGGAGGCCCUCCCUCUGCCCUCAGACCUUCCAGAGACAGGCGGGCAAGAGGCCGUGUCGCAGGACCUGCUGGCUGUGUGGCUGCACCUGGACAACAGCACCGCGCUCCCCUCCGCAGCCGCCGUCCAGCUCCACUGGCGGGUGCUGACACCGGCACCGGCGUUGGAGGGCUUCGUGGUGCUGUACCGCUGCCUGCUCCCUGCCAGCACCGCCUGGGUCCAGCGCGAUGUGGGCAGGGAGCUCAGCGCUGUCAUCCCCGCGCUCAGGAGGGGCUACAAGUAUGAGUUCAAGGUCCGGCCCUACACCAGGGGAGCCCAGGGCUUGGACAGCAACACCAGGCACCUUUGGAUACCUGAGGAAGCACCGAGUGCGGCACCCCAGCAUGUCACCGUGGGACAGGCAGAGAUGGGGAACGGCACCAUGGUCGUGAGCUGGGAGCCGCCUCCUCCCGACACCCACAACGGCAUCAUCCGCGGCUACAAGAUCUGGUCCCUGGGCAACGGCUCUCACCACCACACCAACAGGACAGUUGACGGAGGCACCCACCACCUGGAAACCUUCCUCCAGAGCCCCGGGGCCACAUACUGCAUCCAGGUGGCAGCUUUCAACAGCGCGGGGCUGGGGGUGCCUAGCAAUGCCACCUGCGGCAUUUUGGAGCCACUCCUGGAGGCGGUGGUGCAGGGCCCCGAGGCAUUGCCCUUGGUCACCAUCAUCGCCAGCGCCGGUGCCUUGCUCUGGGUGACCCUCCUGGCCUUCCUGGUCUACCUGUGCCAGAGCCGCGCCAAUGGUCCCCAUGGCAAAGGUCUUUGCCACUGCGCCGGUGAGGACACGGUGGCUAGGCAGAGGCUGGAGGCCAGCGACUCGCCCUGGCUCUCGGACACCUGGAAAUCCACCUCCGGCUCCAAAACCCUCGGCAGCAGCAGCAGCCUCAGCAGCCAUCUCCUCUGGAGUGACACCAGUGAGUCUCCCUGGCCCUGGGGGCCUGGGAGCCCACCCACAGGGCCUGGGACCCCCAGCAUGGGGCCUGGGACCCCCACUCAGCGUGGGGGUGCCUGCGCAGGGGAUCUAGGACCUCCUCCAUGGUGUCAUCGGACCUCCAUCCAGUGUGGUGUCUCCUCCUUGGAGCAGCUGAGCCGAGGCACCCCAGGGCCCCCCAGCCCCAGCACCUUCUGCAGGGACCCCCCACCCCGAGGCUGCCCCAACCCCCCCAGCCGCCGUGGGGGCCACCCAAGGGUGCCAGCCAGCGAGCAAGGAGCCGUCCCAGACCCGCCGCCGGCGUUCAGCUCCCCCAAACCGCGGCACUGCAGCGCCUCACUGGGCUCCCCCGGUCCCGGGGGGCCACCCCACGCCCGGCACCCACCAACCCGGUGCCCGGGGCCGGCGGCCGGCGGCCGCCUCUCGCCGUCGCUCAGCGACGACGGCGACAGCGUCCUGACGCCGGAGCGGGCGGCCGAGUCCCUGGAGCCGCCGGCGGAUGCCCCUUCCCGGCCGCCGGGUGCCGGGAGCUCGGCGCGGCGGGAGCCGACCCGCUGCAGCCCCCCGGCGCCGUCACGGCCCUUCUCGCCGCCGCACACCUACGGCUAUAUCUGCGGGCCACCGGCCUCCGAGCUGGGCGACCCCGAGGAGGAGGAGGAGGAAGAGGAGGAGGAGGAAGAGCGGACGGUGGCGGGCUCGCUGCUCAACGGCUGGGGCUCCGUCUCGGAGGAAAACUUCGCCAGUGCCCGCUGCAGCCUGGUGAGCUCCUCCGACGGCUCCUUCCUCGCUGACGCCGGCUUCGCCCGCGCCCUGGCCCUGGCCGUCGACAGCCUCUGCUUCGGCCUCGGCCAUGACGAUGACGAUGAUGACGACGAGGGGCUCUACGCGGGUUUCUCGCCGCCUUCCUCACCCUCGGAGGGGCUCCUCUUCCUCGAGGGCCCGCCACGGCCCGCCUGGGGCUGGAUGGCGGCGCUGGAGGCCGAGCCGGGCCGGAGGGUGAAGACGGAGGAGGACAAGGAGGCGCCGAGCCCGGUUCAGGCCCUCCCACACCAGUGGCACGGUUCCCGUGGGCCAGCAGCUGGCAGCCCCUGGGCCGUGCCGGCGCUCGGGGCCCCGCGCGCCGGGCCUGAGAGGGAGAGGAGCAGAGGGAUGUCGGCACGGAGGGUGUAGGGCGGCCGGCGCUGGCUUCGUCGUCUACUAACCCGGCUGCGUUGCGCCCCCCUCCCUGCCCCCGGCAAUAAAGAGCCGCUUCCCGGCGGAAGCGGAGAGCUGGCACGGGCUGCGGCAUGGGGCACCAAGCCGCUCGGCGCUGCUUACCAAA